CUGGUGAAGAUCAAUUAUCCUCAGAAGCUUCCGUAAGCAAGUAGGUUUAAAUUACACAAGUUCAGCAAGCUUGAUCGUCUAGUGAAUUUGUCAGCCACCAUAAGUUGGCGUUAGAAACCGUCUGUAAAUAAGACGCAACAUUUCCCUUCCAAGAUCCUUACCAAAGAGUGCAUAAAAAAUUCCAGCAUGCUUAAUAUUUUAGUUAUCCACGGAUACGUCCAGUCAGCUGCAACCGUGGCAGAGAACACUCUCCCUUUACGAGAGGCUCUUGCUGACAUUGCCCAUCUACACUACGUUGACGGUCCUCGUUUGGACGCAUCUCCAUCUCGACCAUGGUGGAUCCUCGAUUCAGACUUGGAACAUGAUAUAAGGGCAGCCGAUAGGUGGAAAGACGUUGUGGAAUGGUGGUCACAAGAGCUAUCCAAAAAUCAAUACGAUGGGAUUAUUGGCCUUUCCCAGGGCGCUGCUAUGACGGCGUUGCUACUCUCUAUGCUGAAAUCUCCCGAAAAGGUGCCAGGUUUCAAAGUAACCAAGGAACAGCCGAUUCAGUUUGCAAUCCUUUGUUCUGGUUUGUCGCCUUUUCUACUUAAAGAUUAUACAGGCUUACAGCUCUUGUUUAUAAAGGUUUUCGGUCCCAGUAUGAGCCGCAUGGCAGUUUAUACGAAGUUUCGAAUAUACCCACGUUACAUAGCAAGUGGAAUCCUACUAACUGAGCGGUUUAUCAGCUGGCUAAUGUAUAAUUGGCUACUAGCUGUCGAUCCAGCAGAUACGAUUGUACCAGCUUGGAAGACGGAGGCUUUGCAAAAGCUUUUCACUGAUUCGCAGCUUCUAAGUCACAGCGAAGGUCAUCGCAUACCUGUACAAGGGAAUUGGCCUAAGAACAUGAGAAAGUUUAUUCAACAGAAUAUGAGAGAAGGCUAGAUUAUAUUUUGCUCGAGGCUUAGAAGCUGGUCUCUCCAUGCUGGUGGUACGGCAUGAUGGGCUUGAGGCAUCAGGCAACCAGUUAGUAAGUGGCUCACCUCACCUACAAUACUACACACUGAUACCUGGUCGCAAGCUGGCACAGGUUGGCACAUAGAAGAGGGAGCAAGACACGUUGAAAGACGUAAAUGUGAGAAAUUCUAUGUAGAUAUUCACAAAUAAUGAUAUAUAAACACUAUUUGGGUUCGUGUGUGUUAUGAUGAUACAAAAGGCCAACGAGUGGAAUCCCUGCGGGAAAAUAAACCGAGAUGCAGAAAAAGAAGAAAAAGAACAAGAAAACUCCUGCUAACGUGCGUGGCUAUAGUGUAUCUUACUGGCUAUCCGUUCUUUUGGAGCCAUUUCCUUGCGCUUCCUGCCCUUCGCUGGAAGCGCGUCCAUUAGGCGACCAGCCCGCUGCAACACCAGCGGCAAUCAGGCCAGCCAUGACUGUUGGCGCACCCAGAGCAGAGUUGGAUCUCGAUCUGUUAGAUCUAGAGCGCUGUCUCUCUGGUGUACCAGCUUGCGAGCCAACGCUCUCAUCGAGUGUGGGCGUCGCUGCACCGUUGAAGGAGUUGGAUCGCGAGUGUGACGGGCUACGCGAUCUCAUAAGAGUUUCCUUGGGAUGCUGGAUAGCAAAUUUGAGGUUGUUAAGGCGACCGCCCUUCAUUUUGCGCAAGAAGUUGAGUUCAUCUCGCACAUCGGCUAGAGGCUCCGGGUACAUCUCCAUUUCCUCAUCGGAAAUGGUCAAGCCGGGAACAUUGCGGCGACGGUUCUUAAGGAAGGCGGGAAUCAUGGCAAGGACAUAUCGGUCAGGAAUCAGACGCACGAGGAUGCCCAUGGGAAUCGACAGGAAUCCCAGAACAAUGGCAAUCGCCCAGAAGAUGGGGUGCUGGUAUGACGCAACGCUGAACGCCUGGCCACCAUAAAAGACAAUAAUCACUUGUCCAGCGCACAUGGUGACGCUAAUGGCAAUAAAGAAGAUAUUCUUGGUCAACCCUUCGAAGAUGUUGAACUUGUUGUCCAGACGACGGUUGUUCCACUGGUUAAAGAUUUGCAUCCACACAAAGGUGUUGAAUACAAGCGUAUCCAGCUCCUUUUGUGUUGGUGAGUAGUCGCUCGGUAGCGGGAGAAUUCCCUUGGGACCGCCAUAGUAGAGCAUAAAGGUAAUGGCAAGCUGGUACACAGCCUGGCCCAUGAUCAUCUUCCACAUUGUCACGGAAAUAAUAGAUGAGCCCUUGGGUUCGGGCUUGCGGUCCAAGACGCUAUCAUGAGGAGGAUCGGUGGCGAGGGCAAGGGCAGCUAGAGUAUCCAUGAUGAGGUUCACCCACAGCAGCUGGACUGCAGUUAAGACGGAUGUUUGGUCAUCGCUCGAGACAGCACUGACAAAGGUCAAGACGACUGCGGUAACGUUGACUGUGAGCUGAAAUUGAAGGAAACGCUUGACAGCAUCAUUGACAGCACGACCCCAUUUCAGAGCCUUGACGAUACUAGCAAAGUUGUCAUCCAUUAGAAUAAUAGCAGAUGCUUCCUUGGCAACUUCGGUACCAGCGAUACCCAUGGAGAAACCGACAUCGGCAGUCUUGAGUGCGGGUGCAUCGUUGGUGCCGUCACCAGUGACAGCUACAAUCUCGCCCUUGUCCUUGAGACGUCUAACCAAAAUUCGCUUGUCUUCGGGACUGGAUCGGGCGAGAACGUGGAGCUUGGGAAUAAUCUCUUGCUGCUGCAGCUUGCUUAGAUUGCGGAAGUCAGGGCCCUCCAUGACAAUACUGUCAUCCUGGAGGAUACCACAUUCUUUCGCAAUAGCCUGAGCCGUAAUCUUGUUGUCUCCAGUGACCAUGCGGACAACAACACCAGCCUUCUGGCACUGUCUAACAGCCUCAAACACGCCAUCACGGAGAGGAUCCUGAAUACCAACAAUGGAGAGCAAAGUCAUGUUCUGGAAGAUGUCUUCAAAGACAACUUCCUUACUUUUGCCCUCGCCACGACGAGCGUCACGGGGUGGCCACGAUUCAAAGUCUCUGUAGCAGAGACCAAUAGUUCGUAGCGAUCGGACAGCGUAGGAUUCAAUACGGUUGGUGAAGGUUUGUACGUCUCCCUUGCGAAGUUCGGUAAGAGAAUCGUCAGAAGCUCCAUCCUGAAGCAUCUGGGUGCACUUGGCCAGCAAGAUUUCAGAGGCACCCUUGACAUAGAGCCUAGCCUUUCCUUUGCCGAGUUGCACCACAAUACCCAUGCACUUGCGGCCAGAAUCAAAGGGGACAAUCUGGAGCGUCGUUGCGCUGCUACGGAGCUCCGCAACUGGGCCCAUAGCAAGGUUUUCCUGGGCAAACAGUAAAAGGGCAGUCUCUGUCUUGGAACCAAUAAAGGUCUUUUCACCAUCCACUUCACCUUCGAAAGCAGUGGAGUUGAGGGCAAUGGACUGAACAAGAAGCUCCUUGACGGGCUCGCUGAGCUUGUUGGUGAAUUCGGAAGGGGAAACUUGGGUGGUGGGUAAAUCGGAUUUGGAAUCUGGUUCAGCGCUUGCUCCAAAUUCAAGAGAUGUUCCCACUGAACCAGCAACGACCAUCAUUUUGUUCUGCGUUAGGGUACCCGUCUUGUCCGAGCAAAUGGUUGUGGCAUUGCCCAUGACCUCACAAGCCUUCAAAUGACGUACAAGGUUUGCAUCUUUAAGCAUUCGGGUGGUGGCAAAGGCAAGUGCAAGCGUGACAGCAAGAGGUAGACCUUCUGGAACAGCAACGACAAUGAUGGUAACGACGACGAUGAAGAUCUCCAAGAAGUCUUGACCCUUCUUUGCGGGUGUAACAUCGGGGGGCUGGCCAGGAAGCUUGACAAGAAACUCGAUAAAGAGGACAAUGAAGAGCAACAGACCGGCGGCACCACCAAGCUUAGCAAUAUAUGUGGCAAUAACAUUGAGCUUGGCUUGGAGAGGUGUCAUCUCUGGGUCUUCAUUCAAAGCCAUCAAUGUCUUGCCGUAAGAGGAGAAUAUGCCAGUAGAAGUAGCCAUGUAAGUGCCGACACCUUCCAUAAUGCGUGCGCCAGAUUGAAUAAAGGGAUCCAUCUUCUUGAGGCUCUCGUGAUUUUCAAUUGCGCUGUAUACUUCAUCUCCAGGUCGUUUUCGGAUAAUGUCGGAUUCGCCAGUGGUCUGGGACUCAUCACACUUAACAUUGAACCCCUCAAUUAGGAUGCCAUCCACCGGCACCAGGUCUCCAGGUUCUAAGUGGAUUACAUCGCCCGCCAUAAGGUCAUAUACUGAUAAUUCGAAAGUUUUGCCUGAUCGUAUUACUUUGACGUUACGAUCUUGUUUUCUCUUGUUCAGCUUAGCGAACUGGCGUUCCUUUUGGAAGUCGUUGAGCGAGCCAACGAGCACGACGAUGGCAAUGGCUACAAUAAUAGCAACACCUUCGACCCACUCAAUCUUGGCCUCGCCUGCUUUAUGCUCGCCUCCGAAUGUUUGGUAAAGACCAACGCCGAGACUGAUAACAGCGGCGAUGGAGAGAAGAAUAAGGACUUUGUCGUUGUAGGUGAUCCACAUGAGUUCCCAAAGGCUCUUGCCUUUCUUCACAGGAAGACGAUUGUCACGGAAGACACGGUAUCGGUCAGAAAAGGUGUCGGGUCCGGCGUUAGAUUGGCGAGUGGUAGUCGGCUGCAGCGUGGCAGCAGCUUUUUUGCUGGGGGCGCCAUCGGUGGCGGCGGUGGCGUCUUCAAAAGAGACGUUGCCGGCAAGCUUAUUUUCGUCGACACUCAGUCCAGCUUUGCGGUCCGUGCGGAGACCCUUUUCAAUGCCAGCGAGUCCACCGAGUUGGUAAAAUGCAGGAAGACUCUUUGGGUUGAACAUCUUGUUCAGCUGGCCAGGCGUAAAGGCAAACGGGUUGUUGUCGACUUCAAAGUCUGCUUCGGUGCCGACGUCGGGCUUUAACGCGGUAUCAUCCUUCAUAAUCUUUUCGUUGCUCAGCGAUGCGAUCUUGUACUUAUCAGACUGGGUCGAAUUGGAAGCGACUACCGUUGUUUCGCCGUGAGAGUAUAGUGAGCGGGAGGCUUCCUCGGAAUCCACUGAAUUCUGUCGUGUUCGGUUAUCGCCAGAAGGGACAGAGAGGAAGCCUGCGCCGCGCUCUCCGAGGGCCAGAACUGGGCUAGAGACAUUGUGAGGGCUUGUUGGCCGGCUAUCUCUGCUCUCGAAGGAUGUUUCCGCGCGGAGGUUCGGUCUUCCAGGGCGGGCCGAGAAGCUAGAUCGGGGCUCUUCGAUAAUAGUUGAUGGGGAGAUGGGAUCAUCGGGUGACAAUGUGUCGGCGCCAGCGGUUCGGAUAGGAGGAGGCUGAUUGUCGGCCAUGUCGAGUGGUCCGGCGCUGGUGCUGCCGUCGGUUGUGUCUAUAG